AUGUUUACUAACAUCUAUCUCUCUCUCUCUCUCUCUCUCUCUCUCUCUCUCUCUCCCCGGACAUCCGUGUCCAUUUUUCACUUUAUUUUUCACUUUUUCUCUCUUACUUUAAGCAUCCCAAAUCUCUGUCGUUGCGUAUAUGUGUACAUGUUUACUAAUAUCUAUCUCUCUCUCUCUCUCCCAACAGUUUGGAUUUCUUUCUUUUUCAUUAUUUACUUUUCAAUCCACCUGUAUUCUUCCAUUCAACCCACCUGUAUUCUUACUUUCAAUCCACCUAUAUUCUUUCAUUCAAUCCACCUAUAUUCUUCCAUUCAACCCACCUGCAUUCUUCCAUUCAAUCCACCUGUAUUCUUUCAUACAACACACCUGUAUUCUUCCAUUCAAUGCACCUAUAUUCUUCCAUUCAAUCCACCUGUAUUCUUCCAUUCAAUGCACCUAUAUUCUUCCAUUCAAUCCACCUGUAUUCUUCCAUUCAAUGCACCUAUAUUCUUCCAUUCAAUCCACCUGUAUUCUUCCAUUCAACCAACCUGUAUUCUUCCAUUCUAUCCACCUGUAUUCUUCCAUUCAAUCCACCUAUAUUCUUCCAUUCAAUCCACCUAUAUUCUUCCAUUCAAUCCACCUGUAUUCUUCCAUUCAAUCCACCUGUAUUCUUUCAUUCAACACACCUGUAUUCUUCCAUUCAAUCCACCUGUAUUCUUCCAUUCAAUCCACCUAUAUUCUUCCAUUCAAUCCACCUGUAUUCUUCCAUUCUAUCCACCUAUAUUCUUUCAUUCAGCCCACCUAUAUUCUUCCAUUCAAUCCACCUGUAUUCUUCCAUUCAAUCCACCUAUAUUCUUCCAUUCAAUCCACCUGUAUUCUUCCAUUCAAUCCACCUGUAUUCUUCCAUUCUAUCCACCUAUAUUCUUCCAUUCAAUCCACCUGUAUUCUUCCAUUCUUCCAUUCCUUCCAUUCAAUCCACCUGUAUUCUUUUCAAUCCACCUGUAUUCUUCCAUUCUAUCCACCUGUAUUCUUCCAUUCAAUCCACCUGUAUUCUUCCAUUCAAUCCACCUGUAUUCUUCCAUUAUUCUUCCAUUCUAUCCACCUAUAUUCUUUCAUUCAGCCCACCUAUAUUCUUCCAUUCAAUCCACCUGUAUUCUUCCAUUCAAUCCACCUUCUAUUCUUCCAUUCAAUCCACCUGUGUUCUUCCAUUCAAUCCACCUGUAUUCUUCCAUUCUAUCCAUCCACCCCACCUAUAUUCUUCCAUUCAAUCCACCUGUAUUCUUCCAUUCAAUCCAUUCUUCCAUUCAUAUUCUUCCAUUCAAUCCACCUGUAUUCUUCCAUUCAAUCCACCUGUAUUCUUCCAUUCUAUCCAUAUUCUUUCAUUCAUGUAUUCUUCCAUUCAAUCCACCUGUAUUCUUCCAUUCAAUCCACCUGUAUUCUUUCAUUCAACACACCUGUAUUCUUCCAUUCAAUCCACCUGUAUUCUUCCAUUCUAUCCACCUAUAUUCUUUCAUUCAGCCCACCUGUAUUCUUCCAUUCAAUCCACCUGUAUUCUUCCAUUCAAUCCACCUGUAUUCUUCCAUUCAAUCCCUGUAUUCUUUCAUUCAUGUAUUCUUCCAUUCAAUCCACCUGUAUUCUUCCAUUCAAUCCCACCUGUCCAUUCUUUCAUUCCUGUAUUCUUCAAGCCACCUUCUUCCAUUCAAUCCACCUAUUUCUUCCAUUCUAUCCACCUAUAUUCUUUCAUUCAUUUCAAUUCAAUCCACCUGUAUUCUUCCAUUCUAUCCACCUAUAUUCUUUCAUUCAACACACCUGUAUUCUUCCAUUCAACCUGUCCACCUAUUCUUCCAUUCUUAUUCUUUCAUUCAACCCACCUGUAUUCUUCCAUUCAAUCCACCUGUAUUCUUCCAUUCUAUCCACCUAUAUUCUUUCAUUCAACACACCUGUAUUCUUCCAUUCAAGCCACCUAUUCUUCCAUUCUAUCCACCUAUAUUCUUUCAUUCAGCCCACCUGUAUUCUUCCAUUCAAUCCACCUGUAUUCUUCCAUUCAAUCCACCUAUAUUCUUCCAUUCAAUCCACCUGUAUUCUUCCAUUCAAUCCACCUGUAUUCUUCCAUUCAAUCCACCUAUAUUCUUCCAUUCAAUCCACCUGUAUUCUUCCAUUCAAUCCACCUGUAUUCUUCCAUUCUAUCCACCUAUAUUCUUUCAUUCAACACACCUGUAUUCUUCCAUUCAAUCCACCUGUAUUCUUCCAUUCUAUCCACCUAUAUUCUUUCAUUCAAUCCACCUAUAUUCUUCCAUUCAUUCUAUCAAUCCACCUGUAUUCUUCCACUAUCCACCUAUAUUCUUCUUUCAUUCAUUCCCACCUAUAUUCUUCCAUUCAAUCCACCUGUAUUCUUCCAUUCAAUCCACCUAUUCUUCCAUUCAAUCCACCUGUAUUCUUCCAUUCAUUCCAAUAUUCUUCCAUUCAAUCCACCUGUAUUCUUCCAUUCAAUCCACCUGUUCUAUCCACCUAUAUUCUUUCAUUCAACACCCUGUAUUCUUCCAUUCAAUCCACCUGUAUUCUUCCAUUCAAUCCACCUGUAUUCUUCCAUUCAAUUCUUCCAUUCAAUCCACCUGUAUUCUUCCAUUCAAUCCUAUCCAUUCUUUCAUCCACCUAUUCUUCCAUUCUUUCCAUUCAUUCUAUCCACCUGUAUUCUUCCAUUCAAUCCACCUAUAUUCUUCCAUUCAAUCCAUAUUCUUCCAUUCUAUAUUCUUCCAUUCAAUCCACCUGUAUUCUUCCAUUCAAUCCACCUGUAUUCCAUUCAAUCCACCUGUCUUUCCAUUCUAUCACCUAUAUUCUUUCAUUCAAUCCACCUGUAUUCUUUAUUCAUUCAAUCCACCUGUAUUCUUCCAUUCCAUUCAAUCCACCUGUAUUCUUCCAUUCAAUCCACCUGUAUUCUUCCAUUCAUCCACCUAUAUUCUUUCAUUCAACACACCUGUAUUCUUCCAUUCAUUCCUGUAUUCUUCCAUUCUAUCCACCUAUAUUCUUUCAUUCAGCCCACCUAUAUUCUUCCAUUCAAUCCACCUAUAUUCUUCCAUUCAAUCUAUAUUCACCCAUAUUCUUCCAUUCAAUCACCUAUAUUCUUCCAUUCAAUCCACCUUUCUUCCAUUCAAUCCACCUGUAUUCUUCCAUUCUAUCCACCUAUAUUCUUUCAUUCAACACACCUGUAUUCUUCCAUUCCAAUUCUUCCAUUCCCACCUGUAUUCUUCCAUUCUAUCCACCUAUAUUCUUUCAUUCUUAUUCUUCCAUUCAAUCCACCUAUAUUCUUCCAUUCAAUCCACCUGUAUUCUUCCCACCUGUAUUCUUCCAUUCAAUCUUCCAUUCCUGUAUUCUUCCAUUCAAUCCACCUGUAUUCUUCAUUCCCAUAUUCUUCCAUUCAAUCCCACCUAUAUUUCUUCCAUUCAAUCCACCUGUAUUCUUCCAUUCAAUCCACCUGUAUUCUUCCAUUCUAUCCAUUCUUUCAUUCAACACACCUGUAUUCUUCCAUUCAAUCCACCUCCAUUCCCACCUGUAUUCUUCCAUUCCUAUCCACCUAUAAUUCAACACACCUGUAUUCUUCCAUUCAAUCCACCUCUUCCAUUCAAUCCACCUGUAUUCUUCCAUUCAAUCCCACCUGUAUUCUUCAUUCUAUCCACCUAUAUUCUUUCAUUCAAUCCACCUGUAUUCUUCCAUUCAAUCCACCUAUAUUCUUCCAUUCAAAUCCACCUAUUCUUCCAUUCAAUUCUUCCAUUCAAUCCACCUAUAUUCUUCCAUUCAAUCCACCUGUAUUCUUCCAUUCAAUCCACCUGUAUUCUUCCAUUCAAUCCACCUGUAUUCUUCCAUUCAAUCCACCUAUAUUCUUCCAUUCAAUCCACCUGUAUUCUUCCAUUCAAUCCACCUGUAUUCUUCCAUUCAAUCCACCUAUAUUCUUCCAUUCAAUCCAUUCUUCCAUUCAAUCCACCUGUAUUCUUCCAUUCAAUCCACCUAUAUUCUUCCAUUCAAUCCACCUGUAUUCUUCUUCCAUUCUUCCAUCCCACCUAUAUUCUUUCAUUCAACACACCUGUAUUCUUCCAUUCAAUCCACCUGUAUUCUUCCAUUCAAUCCACCUAUUUCUUCCACUAUAUUCUUUCAUUCAACCCACCUAUAUUCUUCCAUUCAAUCCACCUAUAUUCUUCCAUUCAAUCCACCUCUUCAUUCAAUCCACCUGUAUUCUUCCAUUCAAUCCACCUAUAUUCUUCCAUUCAAUCCACCUAUUCUUCCAUUCAAUCCAUUCUUCCAUUCAAUCCACCUGUAUUCUUUCAUUCAACACACCUGUAUUCUUCCAUUCAAUCCACCUGUAUUCUUCCACCUAUAUUCAUUCAAUCCACCUGUAUUCUUCCAUUCAAUCCACCUAUUCUUCCAUCUUCCAUCUUUCAAUCCACUUUCUUCAAUCCACCUGUAUUCUUCCAUUCAAUCCACCUGUAUUCUUCCAUUCUAUCCACCUAUAUUCUUUCAUUCAACACACCUUCAUUCUUCCAUUCAAAUCCCACCUGUAUUCCACCUGUAUUCUUCCAUUCUAUCCACCUAUAUUCUUUCAUUCCAACACACCUAUAUAUUCUUCCAUUCAAGCCACCACUUCCAUUUUCUAUCCACCUCUUCCAUUCAAUCCAAUCCCUGUAUUCUUCCAUUCUAUCCACCUGUAUUCUUUCAUUCAAUCCCAUUCAAUCCACCUGUAUUCUUCCAUUCAAUCCCACCUAUAUUCUUCCAUUCAAUCCAAUCCACCUGUAUUCUUCCAUUCAAUCUUCAUUCUGUCACCUAUAUUCUUUCAUUCAACACACCUGUAUUCUUCCAUUCAAUCCACCUGUCUUCCAUUCUAUCCACCUAUAUUCUUUCAUUCAAUCACCCUUCCAUUCAAUUCUUCCAUUCUAUCCACCUGUAUCCACCCUGUAUUCUUCCAUUCAAUCCACCUGUAUUCUUCCAUUCAAUCCACCUAUAUUCUUCCAUUCAAUCCACCUGUAUUCUUCCAUUCAAUCCACCUAUAUUCUUCCAUUCAAUCCACCUGUAUUCUUCCAUUCAAUCCACCUAUAUUCUUCCAUUCAAUCCACCUGUAUUCUUCCAUUCAAUCCACCUAUAUUCUUCCAUUCAAUCCACCUAUAUUCUUCCAUUCAAUCCACCAAUAUUCUUUCAUUCAAUCCACCUGCAUUCUUUCCAUCUGGCCACAACGUAAGCAGGCGCCCUACUGAUACAUCUUCAUUUUUCCUACUCGCCAAAUCUCACAACUUACUUUCACACCAUUAA